UUUAUCAUCUUCAGUUUAGUGUUUGAAGUACAAAACCCUAAAUUGGGAAACUAGGGAUGUUGAUCUCUGCGAUAAUCAUCCAAACAACUUAGCCUCCAAAAAAUUUCUUCACGUUAGACUGAACCCAUUCCUGAAUUCGCAGCAGCAUUCAACAACGGCACCACGUUAGGGUUCCGUUUGUAUCACCGCCGUUGUCAUGAAUACCCGAUCACGAAUGUCGCUGUCGUCUUCACCAGUCUUUCCCGACGAUAUCAUUGCCGAAAUCCUUUCCUGGCUUACGGUGAAAACUUUGAUGAAGAUGAAAUGUGUGAGUAAAUCAUGGAACACUCUUAUCUCUGAUUCUAAUUUCGUUAAAAUGCAUCUUAAUCGAUCUGCACGACACUCACAAUCCUAUCUAGUAUCCGAACAUCGCGGUGAUUACAAUUUCGUACCUUUCUCUGUUCGUGGUUUGAUGAAUGGCCGUUCAAUCACCCUUCCCAAGGAUCCUUACUAUCAAUUGAUUGAGAAGGACUGUCCUGGAGUUGUUGGUUCCUGCAAUGGAUUGGUCUGCUUGAGUGGUUGUGUUGCGGAUGUUGAGGAGUUUGAAGAGAUGUGGCUCCGUAUCUGGAACCCCGCCACCAGGACAAUAUCAGAUAAGUUGUAUUUUAGUGCUAAUCGUUUGCAAUGUUGGGAGUUUAUGUUUGGUUAUGAUAAUACAACCCAAACUUAUAAGGUUGUGGCGUUAUAUCCGGAUAGUGAAAUGACAACAAAGGUGGGAAUCAUUUGUUUCCGUAAUAAUAUUUGGAGAAAUAUUCAAAGUUUCCCUGCGAGGCUUCUUCAGUUCUCUAUUUGUAGUAAUAGAACGUUGUAUGCUGGUGUACAUUUGAAUUCCACUCUUAAUUGGUUAGGGUUUAUUCAGGACGGUGAUCUUGCUCCUCAACUUGUGAUUAUUUCGCUUGAUCUAGGUACAGAGACAUACACACAAUUUCUGCCACCUCCAAUUUCUCUGGACUUGUCACAUGUUUUACAGAAGGUGUCACAUGCAAAGCCAGGUGUUUCUAUGUUAAUGGAUUCACUUUGUUUCUAUCAUGAUUUGAAUGAAACCGAUUUCGUUAUAUGGAAGAUGACAAAAUUUGGAGAUGAAAAGUCGUGGGCUCAAUUACUUAAAAUUAGCUAUCAUAAGCUUAAGAUGAACUUGAAACCUGGUAUCUCAAUGUUCAAUCUUUAUGUGAAUGGUGAUACACUCGUAUUUGUAGAUGACCAGAAAGAACGGGCAAUUCUCUAUAAUUGGAGAAAUAAUAGAGUAGUGAAAACUAGAGUUAACAAAAAGAUAUGUUGGUUCUCUAUAAACCAUUAUGUCGAAAGCUUGGUUUCAACAAGUUGAAAACUCACAAAGUCAACUUCAAGCAAGUCCAACAUUAUUGAUGGUGCAUGCCAGGAUGGUAGAAUGAAAGAGGCUUAUUGGAGCUACAUUCUCUGAUUCGCAUUAGUUAUGGUAUUUGUUUUAUAUAAGACAUUAAUGGUCCUCUUGAUGUCCUUUAGCUUUUUUCGGAACAUUUGUAGCAACUUAUUGCUUUAAUUAUUAUGUUGUUUUGCAAUAGUACUCCUGCUUGCGUAAAGGCAAAUGAAAAUCUCCAACUCUUUAUGAAUGAGUUGAGUACACUUUUUGAAGGACCAUUUGAUUAUGAUAUCAAUAUUUAUGUAGUUGCGCAAAAUACUUUGAAUGAUAUAGCUGUAAUAUAUGGUUCACUACUACAUCUAAAUUAGAAAUGUACUCCAAUUUUCUUA